AUGAUGUUGAAGAGAAGACAAGAGACUAAAGAAGAUGAGGAUUUGAGAAACUUUGUGGCGCUUAUAGGUAUCAUUGAAUUUGUUGAAGGAGAAGAAGUAUCUGAAUCCGAAUCUAAUGAAGAACAUGAAGAUGAUCUUGCUGAGAGUUACAAGGAGGUACGGGAGACAAUUAUCAGGCUUGGGCAAGAGAACCUAGCACUGACUGAGCUGCAGGCUAAACGAAAACUCAGUCAGGAGAAUGUACUGUUGAUGAAGGARAAACUCGGUCUAGCUAUCAAGGCAAGUAAUUUAGAGAAGGAAUUGCAUGCUGAGAAGGGAAUAUCUUCUCAACUUCAGUCGCAACUUGAUCUGCAGUAUAAGAAGAUUAACAUGUUCGCUGGUACAAGGAAAUUGGACAAGAUCCUGUCUCAUGGGAGGACUGAAAACAUCCACAGAGGUCUGGGAUACACUCGAAGAAAUGGUCCAGAGGCCAAAAACAUCAAGUUCGUGUCUGCUGGUGUGUCUUCACACCGUUUUCGUAGAAAUGAAAGUACUGCAGCACGCAAAACUAAGAGUAGUACAAUUUGGGUGAAGAAAAUGGAUCUGCAGUCAACUGCUACAAGACGUGCUUCAGCUAGUGCCUCAGGACUCAGAUUUCAGCGCAACAUGGCGUGCGUAUCAGAAGAACAAGAGUGUCCUGGUCCAAGGUUUUUCGAYAGUGGGAGUUCAAGCCAGAUGGUAGGAACAGUAAGCAAUCUACAAAACGUCAAGAAGGCUAAAGGUGCAAAUGUAACUUCUAGAGACAAAGGUGAUGGAAUGCCUCACCUCAAGGAAGGAGUCAAGAAUAUAUGUGAACCGGGCUACAAGGAAUAA